CUACGCAGAAAACAUGGCAAGGAGGGCUACUUGGAUGGAAAGACGAAGGCGGGCGAGGAGAACUUGCAGUUGGGCUUUGACGAAGGUUACCCUGUGGGUGCUAAGUUGGCGUUGCAGGCGGGUGAGGUGCUUGGAAUGCUCCAGAUGCAGCUGUUUUUGGGGCUUGUGCCGGAGGGUGUGUCGUCCUCAGAGGCAGCGGCGGCACAGGAAGCAAUUCGGGUCGCGCUCGAGCGGGCCCAGAGCCGGCUUCAUAUCACCGCUGUGCUCUCACAGCAGUACUUUUCAGAACGCUUCGAUCUUCUUGAGUCCAAACAUCCGGUCAUUGCA